CACAAGGGGCGACGACGGGAUCGGACCAUGCCGGACGCGACGGGAUCGCGGGCCAUGUCGAAGAAGCCCAAGCGUCUUCUUGAGCGGGUGACGCUGCUGGGCUCCUGUGCUCAGCUGCGCUUGGACGUGCCAGUAGGCAUCACCGUCGCAGAGGCUCGCCAGCGGGUCGAAGAGAGUUGGGGGUGGGCUGCUGGGCGUUUGCUCUUCUUCGCAGCUGACAGCGCGUUGAUCUGGGAUGACGACUACCAGCUCGUGGGAGGCAGCAUCGUGGUGGGCCGUGCGCCGUUGCCGCUCACCGUGGUCUUUCGGCUCAUUGCGGUGACGUCACGCUUGGUGAACCACAAGGUGCCGCUCUUGGUCCCCGGAGGCGCUUUGGCCACCGCCAAGAAUGCGUGCGCUUCCCUGGGGCGCCACUUGGGCAUCCCAGGCUCGGAGCUCUUGGAAGUGGUGCUCCUGGAGGCGAAGGAGCAGCCAGCGGCGCUGGAGGAUGAGGAGAACUUGGAAGCCUUGCAACUCCGCUCGGCGAUCAUCCGCUUCCGUCGCCCGGCUCAGCGGAUGGUGCUGGAGCUUUUGAAAAUGAGGCUCCUCUGGCCACUGGGCAAGCAGGGCUGUCGGCCACCUCCACAGGACUCUUGGUCGAUCUCUGUGCCUGACCUAGGCGACUCGGCGCUGGAGACGUUGGAGGCCACGCAGCAGGUGCUGCGCUGUGCCGCCUCCGAGGCACAAGACCUGGUCUUCCAUGCCACCGAGGCGGUCACCCGGAACGCGGCGUCUCGCCUGCUGGCCACCCUGCAGGAUGCCUACCGAUGGCGAGUGGAGCUCCAACGGCCACUGCCUGCGCAGGGUGAGAUGGUGGAGUUCGUGGUGACCUUUCCCGCGGAGUACCCUUUGAAACCCGUGCGGCUGGAGGGAAGCCUCUUGCUGGAUGGCCAGGAGGUGCCCAUGGACCAGAUCUUCUCCGGUGAUCGCUGGAGCCCGGCGAACACGGUCUACUGCGCGCUGGGCGAGGUGGUGGACUUCAUGAUGUUGCACCGUACUGAAGAGGAGGUGGGCGACGGCAAGCCUCGAAUCCCGAGGCUUCCCCUGAGCUGACAAAAAGAAGGGAGACGAGCCCGGCGAUCGUUUUCGUCGAGACGCGUGC